AUGAGCUCACUCAAAAUUAAAAGAGUCGUGUUCAAAGCCUCUCGCGCACUUGCUGUCAUCUUCACUGUCACGGUCGUGGUGCCAGUGUAUUUGGCCAGUUGGCAAGACACAACGCAAAAACCUAUCGGCACACCCAAGGUAGCACAGACGGUUGACACGACACCAAAAAUUGUUAAUGAUGUUGACCAAUCGACGAGUGACCCUCCCCAGAGCCGGACAGUUUGGGGUCUUUUGCAAGAUGACAGCCGCAUCUCGACCUUUGCCCACUGGGUCGGCCAGUUCGACGAUAUUGUCGGCGGCCUGGAUACGCCACAGGCCCGCUUCACGCUGUUUGCUCCCACAAACGAGGCCUUUGCACAGGAGAGCUUCGAGCAUGGCCUGCCCUGGUUCUACUGGAAGUUCCUAGUCGGCUAUCAUAUGGGCCCUGGAAACUCCUCGGCUGCUGCCCUGCGCACCCAGAACACGGUGCAGUCCUUUGUCAACGCCGACAUCUUCUUCAAAUAUAAGCAGCGCAUAAGUGUCCAGACAGUCGACCCUGGCCAUGAUGGUGAUGAUGACGAAAAGGAAAUCACUCUCAACCGUCACUCGACUGUUAUUGUUCCCGACCAGAAAGCAAUCAACGGCUACGUCCAUCUGGUCGACCGCGUGCUCUUCCUGCCUGAGUCGACGACUCACAUACUGCGUUCCCACGACGAGUUUGCCACGUUUCGUGAGGCAUUGACCAAAACUGUCGACCUAGCUGUGCUUGUUAAUGAUACCUCGACACACAUUGGCCAGACCAUCUUUGCCCCUACUGAAGCAGCCUUUGCCAAACUUGGCCGUAAAGCCAACCAGUUCUUCUUCGGCACUGGCGGCGAGGACUACCUUCGUGCCCUGUUAGCCUACCACAUCGUCGCCAAUCAGACCCUCUUUUCCGAUGUGUAUUUCCAAGAGGAUGGUCGUGGUCAGCUUCCUGUAGAUACUGACUCACAGAUUGUCCUACCUAGCCUGAUUACUGAUCAGGGUCUGAAUAUCACCGUCCAGCCGGCUAAAGGCCCAGGUCAUCGUCAAUCAGUUCAGGUCAACUCACGGGUUCCCCUAGCCAUUCCAGACUUGGUUGCCAUGGACGGAGUCGUACAUGGUAUCGACACCAUUUUGGUACCGCCUGCUGUCGAUUCAGAUAAGGACCAAGAUGACGAAUCAUCCGGGUCACAAAAUCGCCCAUGGUUGUCUCGGUUUUUCGACUGGUCCGCUGGUACGGCAGAGGAGACAUUGACGGUCGAUCAGUGGAUUGAACGACUGCAGCCGCUCGUAGGCGAAUUGCGAGUUUAA